GCAGCUCUGUCCCCAUGGCAUCGAUACCUGCUAUUGCUGUGCAUUUACGAAAGGAGAAGGGGGGAAAGGAGGAAGGAAAAGAAGCAGAUGGAGAAGAUGAAAAGUAGAAGAAGGAGAAGAAAGGAGAAGGCGAAGAUGAAAAGGAGAAGAGGGAGAAGAAGGAUAAGAUGGAGAAGAGGGAGAAGAGGGAGAAGAGGGAGAAGAGGGAGAAGGAGAAGGCGAAGAUGAAAAGAAGAAGAGGGAGAAGAGGGAGAAGAGGGAGAAGAGGGAGAAGAGGGAGGAGGAGAAGGAAGGAGAAAGCGAAGAUGAAAAGGAGAAGAGCGAGAAAAGGGAGAAGAGGGAGGUGGAGAAGGAAGGAGAAGAGGAAGAAGGAAGGUGAAGGCAAAGAUGAAAAGGAGAUGAGGUCCAAGAGGGGACAAGAGGGAGAAGAGGGAGGGGGAGGAGGAGGAGGAGGAGGAGGAGGAGGAAGAGAAGUUGUUGCUCGAUACUCCUGACGAGAUGAUCAUGGUGAUGAGGAGUCACGUGAUUGUGUUCGUGUUAUGACGCUGAACAUGA